AUGAAGCUCUCGAUUAUAUUACUGGUAGCGGCAGCAUCGGCUGUCCCGCAGGGAUACAACCUACGAACGCCCUCUGGUCCAUCAUUUAGUGCUGGCAGUUGUGGCGGUGGGCAAGUGCAACACGUGGAUGGCAGCUGCGUCACACCUCAAGUGAACAGUCGUGUGUUCUUGUAUAACGUGCCGCCAAAUCAAGCUUCUUCCAGUCGGCCAGCGUACGUUCCUAAACCUAAACUGGAACGAAAUAUUGUUUUCGUAAGACUUCCUGAUGGUGCUCAAGGACCAGAACCCAUCGUGGUUCCUCCUCCGAGGCAGCAACACGUCGUGUUCGUCCUUAACAAGCAGUCGGAACAAGGUCAACAGGUGAUCGAGGUGCCAGCGCCACCACCUUCGGAUCCCGAAGUGUUCUUCGUGAACUAUGCAGAAGGAGAGAACCCAACUCUUCCUGGUGGAGUAGACCUCCAAACAGCGCUGAGUGCUGCCUCUCAAGGUGGCGGUCAAGUCGUAGGAGGUGGUGGUAGUGGAGGCUCUGGUGGUGGUAUCGGAGGCGGAUUUGGAGGUGGCAGUGGUGGUGGGUUUGGAGGUGGUAUUGACGGUGGAAGUGGAGGUGGUAUUGGAGGCGGGUUUGAAAGUGGACUCGGAGGCAGCAGUGGAGGUGGAUUUGGAGGUGUACUCGGAGGCAGCAGUGGAGGUGGAUUUGCAGGUGGAAUCGAAGGCGGCAGUGGAGGUGGACUUGACGUGGAAUCGGAGGCGGCAGUGGAGGUGGUAUUGGAGAUGGAUCUGUUGGUGGAAGCUACAGUUCCCCUAGUCCCUCCACUUUAUAUGGUGGACCAUAAAUGGCAAAACACUUCUGUCAUAGGGCGGGUUGCGGCCGCAUCCGCUGCCCCACAGGGAUACGACCUACCAACGCCCUUCGGUCCAUCAUUUAGUGCUAACAGUUGUGGCGGUGGACACGACGGCAGCUGCGUCACACCUCAACACUUGCUGCUGCCUCUUAGCGUGGCGGUCAAGUUGUGGGAGGUGGUGGCAGUGGAGGUGGUAUUGGGAGUGGAUGUGGCAGUGGAAGCUACAGUCCCCCUAAAUCCUCCACUGGACCGUAAAUGGAGAAAACACUGUGAUUCAAGAAUAUGA